AUGGGCAAUGGUAACAGUAGUGCGAUUACAAUUAAUCUUGAUCGAAAUAAUUUGCUUUAUUUUUCUGAUGAAACUGUAUCUGGAACAAUUGAUUUAAAUAUCAGACAAGGAAAACUAAAAGCAGAUGAAAUAUACAUAAUCCUGAUGGGUGAAAUUGGUUAUACAACAAUGCCAGUUUUUUCACAUAGUAACUCUGGAUUCUUAGCACGAUCAUCAGUAAAACCUAAAUAUCAUCAUAUUCCAUUUUAUUCUGCUAAAGUUAUUAUUGUUCGACCUGUUAGACAAAAAAAAUUAAUUUUUGAUAAACUAUGGUAUGAAACAAUUACAAAAGUUACAAAAUAUUUAACAAUAUAUCCACGUGUUAAUUUAUUACAAUAUCCUCAAUAUUUAUUACCAACCACAUUCGAAAAACAAAAUAUAACAUUUCGAACUAUAAUGAGAAUCCAAUAUCAAAAAGAUAUAACAUUUAAAGCGACUUUUAAUAAAUUAGGAUAUGUUCCUGGUGAAAUAAUUCAAUUUAUAUUAGAAAUGGAAAAUCCACGAAGAGUUUUAAUUAAACGUAUUGAUCUUUCAAUGGUACAAACGUGUGAAAUUGGAAGAGCUGCGUAUAGUUUACCUAUAUCUCGGACGAUAUUACCGAAGAUUCGAAAUUUAAAAGGUCAACAAAUAAGACAAAAAUUUUCUAUAGAAAUUCCUUUAGUACCAAUUCCUCCAUCAUAUCAAUUUCGAGGAGGAAUUCGAAAAAUUGCUGUUGUUAAUAUUUGUUAUAUGUUUCAAUUUACAGUUAAAGUUGAAGAAAGAUGUAUUUGUUAUGAUGUUCAUAUUCCGAUUAUAUUAGGAACAGAACCAAAUCCUGAUUUAAGUCAACAACCAACAUCUAAUUCCAUAAGUAUUUCUUACUCUUCAGAUAUCGAACCAACAAUGUUUAGCGCUGAUGAUCCACCACCUAGUUAUGACUCUGUUGUGCAAAAUAUUAGAUAA